ACAGGCGAGAAGCAGAGACCUUCAGUUGCGUGUGCAGUGCCGUGGUGGAAGGAUCAGGGAGCCAACCAUCCAGUCAGGCACACACACACACACACACACAUACAUCACUGUGAUAACUUCGGUGAAUAUUUUUUUCUUGGACUUUGUUCUCCCUACCGUCCCUGCGGCUUCUCUUCCCUCAGUGCCAGGAACAGUGACUCGUGUGUGAGAGACAGUGACCAGAAGUGUUGGUGAGCAGUGCCUAGCUUCUUAAGGGGCAAAGUAUGUUCAUGGUAGUGAAGAUGUCAGCGUUCCGCCUAGUGCCGUACCUGGCCUGUCUUGUAGCCUUAUCUGGCUGGGCUCUAGCCCAGGACGACGUCGAGCAGCCCGCACUCAUUAUACCUACCCUCGCAGGCCCCCCAGCCUUCGACGAAGACUUUGAGUCCACCAGCGCUCAACUCACCACAUGUCCGCCCAGCCAGAUAUCGUUCGAGCUGGUGACAGGUCACGUUUACUCAGCACCAGCAGACAUGCUGGACUCUCAGCCAGGGACUCUCAUGCUCACGGAUUGCAUCAACAUGUGCAAGAACAACAAGUCCUGCAUGGCUGUCAACUAUGAGACCGGACUAUGUGUCCUCUUCUCCUCCAACGCUGAUAUGUAUCCAGGUUCUCUCACCUCCUCGCAGUUCCCGGUGUUCACGCUAUACGUACAGAAGAACUGCCUGGUGGACUCCCCGUCCUGCGACCGAGCCUGGAGCUUCGAACGCGUCAUGGGCUUCGAAAUGGAAGGCUUCGCUAAGAAGAGCAAACGAGUGGCCACCCGCCAGGAGUGCGAAGUCCUCUGCCUUCAGGAACAGGACUUCCCUUGCAGGUCUGCCAACUUUAACAACGCUACGGGCGACUGCUCCAUCUCCGAUAUGGACCGGCACACAGCAGUGGGCACGGGCGCCUUUAGAGCAGCCGAGAACAGCGACUUCUUGGAGAACAAUUGCGUCGACGACCCCGUCAGACUGUGCGAGUUCCAGAAGAUGGAGAGUCGUAUCCUGAAGACAGUGGACUCAGUGUAUCAGGAGGUAGCUAGUCUGGAGGACUGCAAGAGACUCUGCCUCACCGCCUCCUUCAGGUGUCACUCCUUCGACUACGGCGACACCGGGGAUAGCGUGUGCCGUCUCUCCCACCACGCCGCCGCCACACUCACCCACAUCGAAGAGCCCUACUUAGAGAUCCCUGGCUCCUCCACCUACGAGCUCUCCUCCUGCUACAACGUCACCAUCGACUGCCGCUCCGGAGACAUGAUUGCAAAGAUCAAGACAUCGAAAAUCUUCAACGGCAAGAUCUACGCCAAGGGUUCCCCCAACACCUGCGUCAACGAUAUCGAAGAUGCCUUGGAGUUCGAACUGAGGAUGUCUUAUAACGAUAUCGACUGCAAUGUCGAGCGCGACUCCGCAUCGAAGUACAGCAACGACGUCAUUAUUCAGCACCACGACAUGAUUGUGACCUCGGCUGACCUGGGUCUCAGCGUCCACUGCCAAUACGACCUGUCCAACAAGAGCGUGAGCAAUCGAGUUGACCUGACCGUAGAAGGGGACAUUAAGCCCGCCCUGGAACAAGGCAGCACUGUUGACUCCCCCAACGUUAUCAUGCGUGUUGCCAACCGCAACGGCGAUGACAUCUCCGACGCCUCCGUUGGAGACAUGCUCCAGCUCCGCUUCGAGAUCGUAGACAGGAACUCCCCGUACGAGAUUUUCGUGCGCGAUCUGGUGGCCAUGGACGGCGGCAACACUAUCAACAUUACCCUCCUGGAUGGACGCGGCUGCCCUACUGAGAUGUUCAUCUUGAGGCCGCUCCUCAAAGUUGAUAACACCGGCAAGGUUCUAGGCGCAUUUUUCGACGCCUUCAAGUUCCCUACAGGCGAAGAGGUUCAAUUCCGUGCUCUGGUGACACCUUGCUUGCCCACCUGCGAGCCCGUCGUCUGUGACGUCCUCGACUUUGGAGGUCAGAUGAAAAAGACAGAGAGCUACGGUAGGAAGAAGAGGGAUGUCUCAGAGUCCUACAUCUUUGACUUCGGUACUUCAGUGUCCAGCCCACAGGAGCAAUUUGAAACUUCAGUCCAAAGGAUCCGGAAGCGCAGCCCUCAAGUGCUGGAGGUAGAGGCCCUCAGCGUGGUGGACACCAGCGUCAGCAGCCGCAGCAGAAGGGAGACACCAGAGCAACAGAUUCCCGAAGAGCUGUUGGUGGUUCAGUCCAUCAAAAUCUCUGACAAGUUUGGUUUCCGCGGUUCCCAGCAACACAACAGAGACAACUCUCUCAAGAAACUCACUAAAAAGACUAAAACUGGGGUUGAAGGAGAUGCCGAGAUCGUACUGCAGGAGGAUGUGUCUGGGGUGUGCAUCAAUAUGGUGGGACUGGUCCUAGCGUGCUCUGUGUUCCUGGUGGCACAGCUGGUGAUCAUCGUGGCGUGGACGGCAGUGUGGCAUCGCCGCCGCAGGAGCAAGCUUGAGGAGCCCCUCAGCCCUGCUACCACUACAGAGUCCCUCCGUCAGCUCUACGACUCUGGCUACCCCCGCAGGAUCUAGCUCCUCCCCGCUCGAGCCGCCAACGCUCUCACAGGGGCCCUUCGUCCAGUUCUCAAUGCCUCCUUCAGGGCAGCUACUGCGACCGACACAAGGGACACUCGCUCUUCGCGUGCCCUCCAAUCCCGACAUCGUCCUGUUCAUGUCCGCCAGGAUUCGCUUUACCCUAUUGAGAUCCUGUAAACAUGGAGUUGGACGGGUCAGCCCAGGAGGGGAGGGCGCCGCCAUUUGGCCUUGGAACUGUGUACAACACAAAUACCACCUGCAUCUGACACGGAAUAGUUGCUGGCAAGUUAAUUAAGGAACCUGGCAUAAUCCCUUGACGAUAUUCUUAAGAUCCCGUCCCCACUGCCUUGGUAUCGCCUGAACUGAAAAAAAAAAUGCGCACUGUCCUCGCCAUGAUACUGUUGUGGAUGCCAAACGAGUUCGUGGAUGCCGGAUGCAGUCGUGAAUACCAAGUCGUGUAUGCCAAAAGAUUUGACGAAUAUCAAGGACGGUCGCUGGAGCCAGGUUUCUUUCAUUACAUUUCAGGUGGCCGAGCGGCUUCAUUCUCCAUCUCAAGACGAAAGUGAAGACGCUGGUUUUAAUUCUAGAAAACGAGAUUCUUCCUCUUGGUUCCUUCUGGAAUCAACCUCCACAAGAGUGGUGGUAUUCUGGAUAAAUUACAAGACUAUUAAACAUGGGCAUUUGGAAUUUGAUCUCUAAAUUAGAGUCAUCCCAUUGUGAAACUCUUAACGGCUACUGUCAAGGGCAUUAUACAUGGAGUAUGAUAGAACACAUGCAAUAAUUUAGUAAUAAGGCUGCUUUUGUAUAACUUGUAUAAUUAUGUGAGUGCGGUGCCUGUGUGAUAUGACAUACAGAGUACUGUGAUAACUGGCGAUAUUUUAAGAGGAAAAGUCGAGACUGAAGGAAAACUCGAAGUGACUAUGUUUAUCUUCAUGACAGAGAUUUUUCAAGAUUCUCCGCUGUUCUUUUCUGUGGCCCAAACCAUAAAAGAAACUAUUUCGGUGACAAACGAAGUUUGGCGAAGGUUUCUUCGAAGGCGUCCGGAGAGUUAGGCGAACGCCAGGAGAGCCACAAGCCUUGCUGCUUAUAGUAAAUCAGGCACACAUUUUCCAGACACACCUUUGCCGGGCUUCCUUUGCCACUGAUGAUGUUGUUGUGGUGGUCGUGAAUCUUGCGACUGGCGGUGGUGGUGCUUUGGGGGCUACCGUGGGAGUGUGGGGGAUUUCGGGGCCGAAAGCCGAGCGCCGUGGCUGAAUCACAGACAAUACUAGACACAAAUUUCCACUUAUACUGUCGUAGAAUUAUAUUUCAGCUCUCCUAAUGUUUCGCACAGUUUAAAAAAGACUAUGUGUAGAGCGAUUAAAGAAAAAUUGGUAUACAAACCCACAUAAAAAUGGAUGAAAUCUAAUCACGUUAUCGUCUUUGAUUUAACCAGAUGGCGUGCAAGCCAGUAAGCCAGACUCCUCGCAGCUCUCCACGUGCUUAUAGGUGCUGGGACCCGGGAUAUUCACCCACUCAACUAGAAGCAAGAAAAACAGACACAAGAUAUACAACAUUCCACCCCAUCCCCGUUAACCUAAAUCACUCGUACAGCUAAGAUUGUUCAUUGGGACCCGAGUUAAAGUGUUCUUUAGAAGUGUAAUGAUUCCUAUUUGAAUGUCAGUUUAGAAUUCAAUAUUAGAGUGAUAUAGACGCUCUGCAGCUGUUGAGGCGACACCUCACAGUUUAUGUGUGUGUGUGUGUGUGUGUGUGUGUGUGUGUGUGUGUGUGUGUGUAGUACUGUUAUAAGUAGAUUUUUAUUUGCUCAAGCUAUGUGCAUGGCAGCCGCUGUAGAUACCGCUUGUAGAUCCGUGUCCGUUUCCUGGCCUUAUAGACUCGUGUGUGUAUGUGACUGCAUGGUAAAGCGAACAAAAACUCCACGCACGACCUCCGCGCAUAAAGGGGAACGGACAUGUACGUAGCUCCAUGCAUGAACGCCAUGCAUGUAAAUGCAUAAUAUAGACAAAUUAUUAACAAAGUUACCAAAGCACCUUUGUAAUUAAGGUGACUCCUAGUUGUCCAGGUGACGCCUCUGUACAUGGUUCCUCUCGAUAACAACUCAUCAUAAGAAAAACAUUAGCAUCCAGUCUAAAGAGAUUUCACGUUACAAGUUGAUUAAUGUAAAGUAUUACUGUGUGUGUGCGCGUUCAGGUGAAAAUUUUCCGAAUAUUUUAUUUUUUAAGUGAAUAUUCUGUGUUUAAGUGAACAUUUAAUCUCUAAGUGAACAAUUUAAAGAGAGGACGUUGUUAAAAGAGACUUACCUAUAGGACCACUAACUACCUUGUUAGUUAACACAAAUGCUACAUUGCUCACUUGUUUAUAAAUUAGCUCUCCUUUACUUACCCAUUGUGCUUGAGCGUCAACCACAGGUGCUUCAGUGCUAAUUACUAGCGCUCUAGUGUUAAUACUUAGUCUAGUGCUCUAGUGCUUAUUUUGAUUGCUUACUAACCAUUAAUGACUGCUAAAUGCCCCUAGAUGAUUACUAGUUCAUAAUGCUUGCUUACUAACUCUUAGUGCUAGCUUUAUAAUGUUAAAUGAAUACCUGGAGGAGUAUACCUGGAAGGUGUUUCGGGGGGUCAACGCCCCCGUGGCCCGAUCCAUAACCUGGCUAACUGGUAAUGCUUCUUUACUAACAAUUGAUGCUUGCUUACCAAGGCUUAAUGCUUGCUUACUAACCCUUAACCCUUGCUUGUUAACGAUUAACACUGAUUAUUGACUCUUACUGCUUGCUUAAAAGUAAUCAUGCUUCUAGACUUGUGAAUUUUCCACGUAAAAUCAAUUGCUUGCUUGCAUGUAAACAACGCUUGCUUAUACAAUAAGCAUAUGCCUAGCAUAUCUAGGCUCGCUUGCUUAUUAGCAAUUAGUGUCUGCCUGCUAGCUGAUAACAGUUAAUAAACCGCUUAGAGUUGCCACACUAAACCUUCGCUAAGAAUCGCACUGUGAAUCCGGCUUCACACACAAGAUUCACACAGACGAUUCGAUACCUUAUAAAAAACUAUUCUCAGCAUCCAUACACAUGCCUCUCAUAGUACCCAACUCACCUUCUUGUACAAGCUGUGUGUCUCUGUCUCGCAGCUCAGACGGUAAUACACCAGAGCUGUAAAAUCUGUGUACACAGGUUUUUAUGUGUGUUAAUUUGAUGUCAAAAGUCCUCAAAAUUCAGGCGAGGUUCACCUUGCUUUCUUUCAGAUAAAAAUUAAAUUUUUUUUCGGCUGUGUUUUGCAAAUGGGAUUUUUUGGUGUGUUUCGAAUUAGACACCGAUGGAUUCCAAGCAGGACUGGUUUUUUUUAGUGUUUGGAAGCUUAAAUGUGUGUUUAGUAAAUAUUAAGUGUGCUUGUGUUUGACUGUUGGUCCCAAUAAACGACUUUACUAUGCCGUUUAUUUAACAUUAAUUAAGCAGUCGGUUUACGUGGCGAGAAAUGUCAACAUUUGUUUUCCACUUUUACGUAAUUUAAAUAUAUAUGUAUUAAUAUAUGCAUCUAUUUAUAUAUUUAUAAACCUAUUUAUUUUAUUUAUUUACUUAGGUAUACAUAUUUAUUACGUAUAUUUAUUUGUUCAGGUUAAAAAAAUCGGUUGUAUUAAUAAUUUUAAAAUUCCUGUCUGAAAAAAAUAACGUAU